CCCCCACCGCCAACCGCCCGCCAUCUGUCUCACAUCCAUCUUCCACGCCAUCAACCCUCCUCCCACAAACACCGCCGAAAUGUUUGCUUCGUCCUUGCGUACCGCCGCGCCACGCGCAUUCACACGUUCCUUCAGCUCGUCGCCGGCCAGCCAACUCGCGCGCAUGACGGUCGUCGGGCGUCUGGGCGUCGCGCCCGAGGAAGUCACCAUCUCGGGCGACCGCACACUGGUCAGAUAUGUUAUUGGCAGCUCGUUCGGCAAGGGCGAGGAGAAGAAGACGAGCUGGUUCAGGGUCGCGAGCUUUGUGCAGGGCGCGCAGAAGGACUUUCUGAUGGGUGUGCCUAAGGGAUCCCUGCUCUACGUCGACGCCGAUGCGCGCAUGGAGGUCUUCACCGAUGCUGAGGGCAACAAGCGCUCCAAUCUGAGCUUGGUCGCGAGGAACUUUGAUGUCCUGUCCCGCGCCCGCACCGACGAUGUGGCUGAGACCAACGACGAGGGUCUUGUGCAGGAGGCUUCUAGGUAGGCAAACAUCUCGGUGAUGAGAUGUUUUGUGUACGAUUUGCCGCUAUACCUUGUAAUGAAGACGAUUUGCCGCACAAUCGGAGGAACGGUGCUGUCGGCUUCACGUUUGGAACUUGUACGAGAUAUCAGAGUGUAUACCAUUGCAACGGCUUUCCUGUGUACGAUCUCUGCUCCUGUACAAGUAUGAGUGGAGGCGUUUUGCGCGCUGUCUGGACGGUACUCUGUGCAAUACUGCGACUAUGGUGGUCAACACAUGUACGCCACGGCAUAUGAACUGAGCUCCAACCUUCAACCAUCUUUCGAAGCUU